GUUCAGGAUAUUGUAAAUUAUAGGAAAUGACAAAUUACAGAAGUUUACGUUUUGACUGAUUUUUUUUUUAUUACUAGAAAAAUGAAACAAGCUGUUGUGAAUAAUAUUGUAAUUUUCUUCCUAAAUUUUUUGUUGUUGUUUUCAAGAAGUUAUCAAUUUGUUUUCUUACUUGAUUUUGUUAUAAUAUCUUUUGUUGCGUCGCAAACAAUCCUUCAAGUCGAGAGAUUCCAAGAAAUAUUAGUUGCAGACACCCUAGUCUUUAAAGGAAAAUGCAUGUCUUAUAACACUUGCAAUGAUGCCGACGCUUUUGGGCUGUCAAUAAUAGAUCCUUGUCAAUGUCGUUGUAAAGAUUCUACAACAGUAUCAAGUUCAGAUAACAAAUGUGUAUCAGUAGAGAAAAUUUCAGAUUCCUCUUUCACAUUAGCCAAAGUUGAUCAGGUGUCGCCUUAUCAGUUAUUUACAAAGUUUACUGUAAAUAGUUUAAUGCAAGAUGAAAUAUACAUCUAUUUGUGUUCUGAAACGUCAUGUUCGCGAAAUAUCUCAUAUUGCACAAUUGACUUUGAGAACUCUUUUUACGAUAGUUCUGGUUGGCAAAGAAUCUGGCAAAAAAAAAUUGAUGUAGACUUUUUUAUUGUCAAAAACAGUUUUGGGAUUGCCAUUCAAUUUAAAACUGUACAAUGUGCAAUGAAUAAGUAUUCUGGUAUGCUACUAAAGUUAUCUUUGCAGUGUCAAGUUAACAACCAGGUACAAAGUGGAUCUGCAGUUUUUUCUGUUGUUGGUUCUUACAAAAUUGGCGUAUCUCCAAAAGAUCGAACUACUUGUAGUAAAUUCGUUACUCCAAUACCUCCAAUCACCAGCUCAACAAUAGCUUCAAUCACCAGUUCAAAAAUUUUUUUGACAAGCACUGUUCCUUUUACCAAUAAUUCUCAUUUGUCAAAAAACGGUUCUUUUGAUAAUUUAAUGAAUACAACUGUAAAAACAAUAAAAACUACUACAAGCGUGUUAAUAGCAAAUAAUACUUAUGUAUUCAAAGAAUUAAUCAAGUCAACGGAUUCGCCGUCACUUUCGCACGUAAAGGUGCGUAAUGCAAAUACAAAUAACGCAUUAAUAUCCGCUGCCGUGGUAUUGAUUUUUGUCGUGAUUGGUUCAUGCAUAAUUAUAAUAUUUCUUUAUAAAAGGUGGCGUCGUGCAAAACGCAAUUCAGUUAUUAUAGAUUCAAAUCAGCAAUUAUCUUUUGAACAAAUAACUCAUCCACAUCCAGUUUUUUUUUUAAAUGAAGGUAGCAUUUACCGAAAUGGCGGCUCGGUUAUAUCAAAAGAAGCUUGUUGUUCGGAAGCCUAUGGUAUACCCAAUAUAUCAGAAAAUUUAGAUAGUUCAAUAAAAUUAUCAUGUUUUGAAAAAGUUUUUGCAUCACUUGAACAAACAUUCUCUCGUCUUCACAAAAAGAAAUCAGUAGACAAUUCGUUAGAUAAUAAUUUUGACUACAGAAUGUUCAUUGACCCCAUCUCAAAUCAAAACUAUGAUGGGUUUAGCGUGAAUCAUUUUGACGACUUAAGUUACAACAUUCCUGAAGAAAUAGUUAUCACUAAUAAUUAUAAUCAUAUCGAUCAAGUGAAUACAAAAACUGUAUCAUAUAACAAUGCAACUAAUAAAGUUCGCUCUAAAUUUGAAAAGCAUACUUCUCAAAGUUCAUCAGAAAUUGAAGAUGUUUUAUACAGCGUCCCUGAUGAAAUAAAUACUAUUCACAAAAACACUACACCAGUAGUUCUUUGUAAUACCCAAUCAGGGUACAUGAAGCCCUAUCCUAACAUUAUAGAAGAUGACAAAAGUGGAGAUCAUUUUUAUGAUUUUCCAGAGUCAUCUGAACCUGUUUUAAAAACCGCUUCUCAAUACGAAAAUCUUGCAUCUUUGAGUAUGUUUAAGAAAACUAACUCUUGCGACAAGAUUGGUAAUAUUCCAAUAAACGAGUUUGAUUCCAACAGAAAAACUGAUAAUGAACAAAGACGUGAAGAAUCUAUUUAUUCUGAACCAGAACAUGACGAUAGAUUAAAAAACACAAGUAUAAUUGAAGCCACCUAUGCUGUACCUGAACAAGACGAUAGUUUACAAAUAUAAGCAAACAAUGAUGUUAUUACAUUUGCUUCAUAGAAGUAACUAACGUAAAAGUCGUGCUAUUCAACCUUUCCAUUACCAACGACAAACGACAGUUAUUUUAAAUUUUUACUUCGUUUUAACGUUAAAGAGUAGAAUUAUAAACAAAACUUAUUUA